UCUAGUAGACCAGGCAGUUUAUAUUACUACUAAUAAUAAUACUAAUACUAAUAUUAGUAUCUUACUCUGGGUCAAAUCACUGAUUAUUCUAGUAUCUAACUCUUUAUAAAAUGUUUGGAUGGUUUCGAGGUUCCAAAAGAAAAAAUGAAGUUGAUAUGAACCAAGUAAGAAAAGAACGGAUUGCAAAAGAUCUUGAGGCUUUUCAAAAGGCAGUAGAAGUAAAGUUACAGGAAAUACUGAAUGCUCCAUGUGACUUGAACAUAGCUCCAGCCCCUGGUUCAAUUAAUGAGGAAGAUAGAUAUACAUUUACUCACCCUAGAAGAGGGUUAGCUGUCAUUAUAAACAAUGAAAAGUUUGGCUAUGUCAAAAACCUAGGUGACAGGAAUGGGUCUUCUGCUGAUGCACACUAUUUGUUCAACAUGUUUAAAUUACUGGGUUUUCAAGUGCUUCAUGCCACUAACUUAACAGCUCAGAAAAUGCUAGUCCUUCUUAAGACAGUUGCCAAAAACUUUGAUCACCAAAAUUCAGAUUGUUUUGCUUGUUCAAUCUUAUCUCAUGGGGAUCAAAUUUUUAGUAAGAAGGAUGUUGACACAUGCCAAAGAAAAGACAUUCUAUAUGGCGUGGAUGGGGAGACAUUACCAACUGAGCUUAUCACUGAGAUCUUUGAUGACCAACAUUGUCAGGCAUUGAUAGGAAAGCCUCGCUUAUUUUUCUUCCAGGCCUGUAGAGGAGACACUCUAGAUGAAGGUGUUGAUAUCACAGUUCUGCAUCCCAGGCUAAGUGAUACCAGAAAGCUGGAAUCUACAGAAGAGAGUAGCAGUGUAGACCCUCCUGACUUUGGCACAAAAAAUGAAGAUGAUAUGGAAGCAAGGGCAGAACGCCAUGUUCCAUCAGAAUUUUACCUAAAUCAGGUUGUUAUUGAUCCUGCUCCUUUAUACAAAGACUGUCUUGUUAUGUAUGCUACCCCACCAGGCUACUAUGCUUGGAGACGAGGCACAGGAGCUUGGUUCAUUCAGUCUCUGUGUGAUGUUUUGACAAGUGAUCCUGUAAGGUUUGGAAAGAUAGAUCUACAAAAGGCAUUGGUACACGUCUCCAGAAAUGUAGCCUAUAACUAUGAAUCUAACAUGCCAGAAAACAAAAAGUUUCAUGCCAAGAAGGAAUCCCCUGUUCUAUAUUCCAUGCUUGUUAAAGACAUCUACUUCAAUGUGACUAGAGGGGAAGCUAUGAAUAUAUAAUCAAAUUUGUUUGUCCCAUUGUCUUGCCAAUUUCUUAUAAUUCACAAAAUUGAUGUUGAAGUAAUAUAAUGAACACAAUAACCAUGGCUGGUUCUUAAAUAUUUUUUUUAUGAAGCUAGUAGACAAUAUAAAUGCAGAGGUAAAAGCAUCUGUAUCUGUAUAUCAGAUAUUAUCUUAUUUUUUAAAAUUCCAGCACUUUGUGGUCUAAAGUCUUUUCUGACAAUUAGUCAAGAAUAUCUAGACUCUCCAACAAAUAGAUAUGAAAAUAAUUGCUGUUUUUGAAUAGAAUCAGUUCAUUGAAAGUAUUUUCUAUUUUAUUUUUUAGAAGACUCUAAUUUGUUCUAUUGAUAUUUGUUUGUAAAAUGUUUGUUUUACAUGUUUCGGAUGUUCCUUCAAAGUUGAAGAUAAUUACUUCCUAGUCCAAACCUCCCGCAGGACGACAGGGGAUGAGAGCGGGCAGUGUUUGAACCCUGGACCAUCGAUAAAUCUGAACGACAGUCCAGCGCUCAAACCGCACGACCAGGCAGCCAUUUUAUGAAACUUAAAAUAUUUUUAGCCAUUAUAUACUUUAAAAGUUCAGUUCAUUCUCCACUAUGAUGUAAUAAUUCAUAAUAUUAAUAAUUGUUUUACUAGUUUUACAUGAUUUCUAAAUAUCUAGUAUUCAUAGCCAUAAAGAAGAGUUGAAAAAUAUUGCCUGGUAGUUAUGAACUUCUGUUGGAGACUUGCUUUAGCCAACAGGUUAUCUAUGUCCCAUAUCAGUGAUGUGUCAGGUAUAAUGCUGCUCUUAUAAAGAAAGUGGUACACCACAUUUACAUUAAUUUGUGGACAUAAGAGAUCCCAUUGAAGAUCUUUGGUACUCCUGUUCACUAUGGGCACGUAGAGCACAAAGAUGGGUAAGACUAAGCAAUAAAUAAUGUGUCUUCUUUCUCACAUAGAUCAACAUUGGGCAGCAACAUGAACAAACACACAUUUGAGAGCCUUAGAAAUGUUACUUCUGAAGAAAAGUGCAAAUGACAAAAAGAGAUGAGUUAGAUGAAAUUGACCUUCAGCAGUCAAUAUAUGAGUUAAAUGAAAUUUACCUUCAGCAGUCAAUGGCCUUAUAUAUAUAUAUAUAUAUAUAUAUGAGUUAGAUGAAAUUGACCUUCAGCAGUCAAUAGCUAUAUCUGUGUCAAAUGUUGCAAAAAGUGUAGGUCACACAUGUUUUUGUUUUAGCCAAAUUAAAUAUUAUAUGCCAUCUUACAUGGACAUGGGACAUACAAUAUUUUGACUAAUAUAGUGUACAAUUAUUGGGAAGCUUGAUAGAGAGGCUAAGUACGCGUGAACUGGGCUUGCCUUGGCUACCUAUGAAGGGAGCUCGAGGUUUGACACUCGACUUGAGCAUAGUUGUGUUUACUGAGCGCCUACACGCAGCACAGAAAAUCUUCUCCCAAAUAUCCCCUCCCCCCACUGGUCCACUAAUGAGAUUGGACCGCAGCGCUCUUAGCAUGCUCUACGCAUGAAAGUAGCACUAUAUAAAAGCUAUAAGUAUAAUUUAUAUUCUAUUUUAAUGAAAUACUUUUUUUUUAUUAAGUAAUACAUCAUGCAUACUCCAAAUACAAAUAUAUUUCAAGGUAGAAUGUAUUACAGUAAGGAGCACAUGUUUGGGUGCUCAACUUGGCCAGGAUUAGGUCUCAAGUUUCACUGGUUAUUCUUUUGUGUGAUGUAUGGCCAGUGUUGAAACCUGGUCUGUUGUACUAAUUCUUUGUGUCCUAUGGCCAGUGUUGAAACCUGGUCUGCUGUACUAACAUUUCAUAUAGACCACUAGUAACCAAAAGCUUAAGAUAUAGUUUAUAUCUAUAAAAAAACAUGAAAAAUCACAAAACUGCCAACAUCUAUCCUGCCAAAAUAGUAAUAGUGAUUCAGUAAACUAGUAAUGUUGAUUCAGUUAAAUAAUAAUACGGAUUCAGUACAAUUUGUAUGUGGUAAUGUGGUUCAUUUGGGUGUUUGAGAUUAACAGACUAUUUAAUCACAUUUAUAAAAGUAACAGGUAAAUAAAGAUUUCUACAUUUUGUUCUUUUUAUUCUGAAUCUCAACAUGAAUACUCCAAUAUAUUGAAUAUGUUCAGAUCUUGACAAGUUGACUCUAAUAUUGUUAAACACAUUCUACAAAUGUUUGACUCCUGUUAAUCACCUCAUUAUCUUUGUAUAUUGCUGAUCUUGUGUGAUGGUGUGUCUAGCUACAAUUGUUUCCAAAAUCAAUUAUUUCUCUCCAUGUUAUUUUUAAUCACUGUACCUGUGGUAUCAGCUAAUUUACAUAUCAGCAGGUGACUUACACAAAUGCAGUCUCUGCUGUUUCUUCCUGGAACAGUUUGUUUUCUUCAACACUAAAAAUGUUUUUUUUCUUGGAAUAAAACUUGGGUACUUAAUGUUUUUUUUUUUAUGUUCAUUUGGAAAAUGUUCAACCUGUUGAGAAGCAAUGACUUGUAGCAAUGCAAUGGUUCAAAAACUUUGUUUUCCAAUGGUUCUUAAUAUAUUGCACAUUUUAUUUGGAUAUUUAAAUUUGUUUUUAUUACUGACAAAAGUAAAUUAAAAAAAAAUUAUCAACUAAUUUUUUAAUUAUUUUUUUUUUACAAUGUAUCCCCAAUACAAAUGUAAUCCCACAGUCUUUCCUUAUUACUAUUUUUUAAAAAUAAAGUUCCUUUUAUUAAAAUCUAAAUAAAUCUAUCAAUUAA